AUGGGACAGCCACCCGUACUGAUGUGCGCGCGCAGAAUGUACCGCGAGCCCUCUCCUGAGGCCAGCAAGAACAAACCCAUUAAAGAUCCUUCUGCCGUUGCGCGUUCUGCAAUCCGUCGCCAGGCCACUAUUCGCCGCCCUUCGCGUUACAGUAGUUCCACCUUACGAGGCGCAUCGUUACGUUCCCCCUUUCCUCGUGAGAUCGCAGACGAGAUUGAGCGCGAGGCGCAUGGAUCACAGCGUCACAUACGUUCUCCCGUCCCGAAUACUACCUCCGGUGAAGAUCCGUUCGAUUUGAGUUCCAUGAUCAGCGAUGCCAACAGGCGCGAGGCUGGUCAACGCUUGCUGCACGAAGCGCUUCGCCAUGGACGUCCCGGCCAGCGAUUGAGGAUUCUGCGCAAUACCUCUAUCUCCGAUUCGUAUCGCCGCCCUUCACCCGGGGGUGACUCUGGCCACCGACAAAGCUCGGAGCAUCCUGCUUUUACGCCAAGUUUUGCGCCUGCUAUUGCAUAUCACAGAAGAAUAUCUCCUCCACCGCAGACGCGCCCAAGCCUUACAUCUUUCCCCCCGGACGGCUUUGAGGUCGUUGGAACGACCGUGCCCUUGCUACGGCGAGUUGGCCAGCGGUCUGUCAAUGAGGCCAAUGGGACUAUGCAUCGUGAUAUGACUGUUGAUGGUCUCGGCGAUCGUCAACGCAGCAUGAGUCCAGAUGACGACACUUCGAAUGACGCGUGGGAAACCCUUUUGACUACAAUUACGCCUGAUGACAAUCUUCCUAGCGCCAACUCUUCCUUUGCUUCAGCGUCGGCGUCCGGGCUGAAUGCGUCAGCGAGCACGGUGUCCAGAAACCCAGAAAGCUCUUCUCAGACACUUCCUAGCUCCCUCGAUUCAAGUACAGCAACGGUGCGGAUGGUGCUCGAUCCGUACCCAGAAUAUAUCAAUCCGUGUGACUACCCUAGUUCCACGGAUUCUGAUUCCGCAUCGGAAGGAGAUUUUAAUCAGCUCUCUUUGUGGCGGCGCUACCAUCGCCGAAUGCACCAAAUGGGUACUUCCAGACGCUCAGAUGACGUGCACUCAACAAUGAGUAGCCAUCCUCCCAUUCCUACAAUCUCAUUCGCCUUUUCCAACUCUUCUACCGACCCAGAACUCCAGCAGAUGCAAGCGAUAUUGGAUCGACUUGCUCGCAGGGAGAUCAUACCUGAUGACUGGUGGGCAGCAGCCGGACUGUCUCCCGCCAUUGGCCACAGACUUGGCGCAAACAACGGUUCCAAUGACACCGAAAACACGAAUGCAUCGGCUAGACCGUCAUGA